GGGGCCGCGUCUUCGGGGGAGCCGCCUCUUCCUUUAGUCGCGGUGUCAGCGCUCGCAGGACCACUCUUGGCCGCUGCUCCUGCCCGGCGUUCCUCCGCUCCGCGCCCGCCGCCACCGACGACAUGCUGCGCUGCGGCCUGGCCUGCGAGCGCUGCAGGUGGAUCCUGCCCCUGCUGCUGCUCAGCGCCAUCGCCUUCGACAUCAUCGCGCUGGCCGGCCGCGGCUGGCUGCAGUCUAGCAACCACAUCCAGACAUCGUCGCUUUGGUGGAGGUGUUUCGACGAGGGCGGCGGCAGCGGCUCCUACGACGAUGGCUGCCAGAGCCUCAUGGAGUACGCAUGGGGACGAGCAGCUGCAGCCACGCUUUUCUGUGGCUUUAUCAUCCUGUGCAUCUGCUUCAUUCUCUCGUUCUUCGCCCUGUGUGGACCCCAGAUGCUUGUUUUCCUGAGAGUCAUUGGAGGCCUCCUCGCACUGGCUGCCAUAUUCCAGAUCAUCUCCCUGGUAAUCUACCCCGUGAAGUACACACAGACCUUCAGGCUUCACGAUAACCCUGCUGUUAAUUACAUCUAUAACUGGGCCUAUGGCUUCGGAUGGGCGGCCACCAUCAUCUUGAUUGGUUGUUCCUUCUUCUUCUGCUGCCUCCCCAACUACGAGGAUGACCUUUUGGGGGCCGCCAAGCCCAGGUACUUCUAUCCCCCAGCCUAAUGUGGGAGGAAGAGCCUGAGAAAAGCCUGCUGCAAGAUGGAUCUGAGGAGGAAACUGUUCUCCAAGGCACAAGGAACCUACGUUUGGGCAAUGUUCAUAUGAUCAGAAAUGUUAGAAUAAAUGCUAAAGAAAAUUCUUCAUAAUUAGUGUUAAGUUUCAUGUAUGUCGUGUGGAGUUAAAAAGACUUGAAUUCUGUUUGCUAAGUAUAUGCUAAUUUUUCCUUAUGUCAAUUCUAUACCAUUUAAGCUUCAUUUGUUAAAGAAUAUGCCUGUGAAACUUGAUAAGGUAGAAAUGCAGCAGCCUCUCAUUUAAUAAUCUGAUGGGGCUUCUGUUUUUCCACAUAGAAUGGGUUGUUUCUGCUAAGGGCUACAGAGGAGGAAAGUCACUGGCAAAACUUCCAUGACCAAAUAUCCUGAAAUUAGUUUGUUUUUUUUUAAAAGACCUUAUUUUGAGUUUUCAGUUACAUAAAGAAGCAGAAGCAGAUUGGUUUCCUAAGUGAGCAUCAUUUGUGAGAAUUUUUAGUCAGUGUUUUGAACAAUUAUUGUUUUUCUAAGCUUCAUGUUGACUUUCUCUGAUGCGUAGAAAAGUGUUCUAACGUGGCUGAGGUUAAGCCGCUGUCAUUACUGAAAUGCUAAGAAUUUUCCUCUUUUCCCGUAGUGUAGAGGGGUAGGGUGUGGGCAGAAGCCGUGUUAGCACAUCUGUAGUAUUGUGUGUGUAUGCUUAGAACCAGCGUAGACCGGAUGGGAGGAUGGACUAGGCCUAAUCCCUCCCAACUGGUGGAUGUGAAGAGGUCAGGUAGGAAGGCACAGGAGGGUCACCACUGUCACAGCAGUGCCAUGCAGACAUCCUAGGAGAAGACAUGGCAGUGUUUCUUCUCAGUGCUUCUUCCCUUAACUGAGCUCUGCUCACAGACAGCUAGAAUAGAUUUUAACUGAAACAGAAACCUAAAUGUAAUUAAAAACCUGGUCUUCCUUGGUAAGCAGACUUAAAAUAUCUGUAUAGUACAUGCAAGUGGAAAAUUUGGGAAUGCGUGUCUCUGAAUACAUACCGGAAGGGCUACUAUUACCUUUUUCUUACCAUUUAUACUUACCUAAUGGAAACGAGCUUGUUUUAACUAUCAGAACACUAUUUUGUAAGGUGCUGCAAAGACAGUUGAAGUUUUCAUUACCAAUUUCCCCAAUAAACCAGGUGUUCAAA